AUGGAUCUGGGCAUAGUUGCUCAGAGCUGGCAUGACCUGGACAAUACUGAAUACGACUGCUGGCCCAUGGAACAGCCGGAUGAACACAACAUGAUCGACUGCGCUGGGCUGGAGAUGAGCUGGGUGGACCGACCUCCAGAGAAAGUGCGGAGCGGUGAGGAGUUUAAUGUCACCUACAGCGUCAGCGCUUCCGAUGAUUUCUACCGCGUGGCUGUCGCAAAUGGGAUCCUGGAGUACAGUUUUCGGACGGACUCGGAUGAAGCCAAACGGUUCUGUGAAGAAAAGGACUGUCCUUCGAACUGGAAACAUGCGACGGAGCACAAUUGCUGCAUCUACCACGCAAACAUCCACUCCUGUCCAAUGGCCUUCAUGAAAAAAGGAGGAAUCUGCGGCCCCUGGAUUCCAGACGACGGGGAGAUUGUGACCCACACGGUGUCCCAAGCUGGAAAGAUGUCCCAACGAAACUGGACCACCAAGGUCGUGUUAGUCCACGUUGGAGUGACUUCACUAAUAGCUCAUGUUAAAGUGGGCAAAAUGCAUGCAGCCUUGGAGUCCAAGACAACGGUGCAAAGCGCACAAGUCUGUGAUGACGGAGUGUGCAACGAGGAUGAGCGAUGUGACACGUGUCCCGCUGACUGUGGAUCGUGUCCCAUGUCCGCACGAAUCAAAGCUUCAAUUGGACUUCCAAUCGCCCUCCUGUGUACGGGGUUCAUACUCACUCUGCUGUGGCUGCAGUACCAGAAGCAGAAGAUGCUGUGGGACGAGAGCUGGAUCAUCAGUCUCAAGGAGAUUAGCACAGGCAGCGGUUUCCUGGUGGGAUUCGGCAGCGUCGCAACAAUCCAUCAUACUAAUGGCAUUUCGAUCCCAAGUGAGGUGAAUGACGCUUCUACGAGUGGUUUUGCUACAAGCCCAGUUCACAAGGCGGGCUUCAUACAGACUGGCAUCUAUGACGGCCGGACGGUGGCCAUCAAAUGGAUACAGAAGAAAACUUUUACUCUCUCAAAAACCAUCAGACAAGAAGUGAAGCAAGUGAGGGAACUUGACCAUCCAAACCUAUGCAAGUUUAUUGGUGGAUCUGUGGAGGUGCCCAAUGUUACCAUAGUUACCGAAUAUUGCCCUAAAGGGAGUCUGUCCGACGUACUGCUCAGUGAAGAUAUUCCCCUGAAUUGGGGCUUCAGACUGUCAUUUGCCACGGACGUGUCCCGGGGAAUGACUUAUCUGCACAGUCGCAGAGUGUACCACGGGACACUGAAAUCAACCAACUGCGUUAUUGAUGACAGAUGGGUGUGCAAGAUCGCAGACUACGGGCUGGCAGCCUACAGGAGUGCUGAUUUCCAGGAAUUUGAUGAUGGUUUCGUUCCGAAGAUGGGUCGCAUUUACUGCGCUCCUGAAGUGAUUGCAGGCACUGCUUCUAACCUGAGUCCCACAGCAGAUGUCUACAGCUACUCUAUAAUAUUGCUUGAAAUCGCGACACGAUGCGAUCCAGUGCCGGUAUGUAAAAACGCUUUCUUCCUGACCUGGCGUCCUAAUCUUCCCGAAAUUCGUGCUGGAAAGUCCGACAGCGAUUGCCCGAUGCAGGAAGACUACGAUGAGCUGAUUAAGAAGUGUUGGGCUCACAACCCUCUCCUGAGGCCAACGUUUGAACAAGUUAAGAAGAUGCUUGAUAAAAUGAAUCCCCAUAAAGUGAGCCCUGUGGACAUGAUGAUGAACUUGAUGGAAAAGUACAGCAAGCAUUUGGAAGUUAUUGUGGCUGAAAGGACUCAAGACCUGCUCCAGGAGAAGCAGAAGACAGACUCCCUCCUGUAUAGUAUGUUACCUAGAGAAGUGGCUGAUGACCUUCGGCAGGGGAUCGUAUCUGAGGCACAAAGUUACUCCAACGCCACAGUCUACUUCAGCGAUAUAGUUGGCUUCACCCAGUUGUCCAGUGCCAGCACGCCCUAUCAAGUUGUGCACUUCCUCAACUGCCUCUACACCACCUUUGAUGACAUUAUCGACAACCACGACGUCUACAAGGUGGAGACGAUCGGUGACGCGUAUAUGGUCGUAUCUGGAGUUCCCAAGGAAAACGGCCUGAACCAUGGUGGAGAGAUUGCCAGCAUGGCCCUGGAUCUGGUUUCUGUCUGCAAGUCCUUUGUGAUCCCACACAUGCCAGAUAAGAAGUUGAAAAUCCGGGCAGGCAUCCACUCAGGUCCUGUUGUGGCGGGUGUCGUUGGAACCAAAAUGCCUCGAUACUGUUUAUUUGGAGACACAGUGAAUACUGCGUCAAGGAUGGAGUCAACGAGUGAAGCAUUGAAAAUACAAUGCAGCUCCAGUAGCUAUGACCUGCUGAAAGAAAUUGGAGGUUACGUUCUGACCUGCCGUGGUCCACUCCUUGUGAAGGGGAAGGGAGAGAUGAUUACCUGGUGGCUCAAUGGGAAGGAAGGUGAGGAACCAGAGUCCCAGGCCGAGUAG